GGCGGGACGCGCGUCCCCACCCCCUCCUUCCCGCGGGCGGCGGCCGGGCCCGCGCCCCCUCCCCGCACUGGGGCUGCCUGCCGGGCACUGGCUGGGGGGCGGGGCGGGCGGCUGCCGGAGUGUUUUCAGUUCCGCCUCCAAUCGCCCAUUCCCCUCUCCCCUCCCAGCCCCUCAUCCCAUUCGGAAGAGGAAGGAACAAAAGGUCCCGGACCCCCGGCUCUGACGGGGCGGGACCCGGAGCCUCGGUCCAGGUUAGAUAAAGGAGAGUAUUUUCUUAGUGUGGAUUGCUGCCUUUGGUAAGAACAUGUCGUCCAUCUUGCCAUUCACUCCACCAGUUGUGAAGAGACUGCUGGGAUGGAAGAAAUCAGCUGGUGGAUCUGGAGGAGCAGGUGGAGGAGAGCAGAAUGGACAGGAAGAAAAGUGGUGUGAGAAAGCAGUUAAAAGUUUGGUGAAGAAGCUAAAGAAAACGGGACGAUUAGAUGAGCUUGAGAAAGCCAUCACUACCCAAAACUGUAAUACUAAAUGUGUCACCAUACCAAGCACUUGCUCUGAAAUUUGGGGACUGAGUACACCAAAUACGAUAGAUCAGUGGGAUACAACAGGCCUUUACAGCUUCUCUGAACAAACCAGGUCUCUUGAUGGGCGUCUUCAGGUAUCUCAUCGAAAGGGACUGCCACAUGUUAUAUACUGCCGAUUAUGGCGCUGGCCUGAUCUUCACAGUCAUCAUGAACUCAAAGCAAUUGAAAACUGCGAAUAUGCUUUUAAUCUUAAAAAGGAUGAAGUAUGUGUAAACCCUUACCACUACCAGAGAGUUGAGACACCAGUCUUGCCUCCGGUAUUAGUGCCACGGCACACUGAGAUCCUAACAGAACUACCACCUCUGGAUGAUUAUACCCACUCCAUUCCAGAAAACACUAAUUUCCCAGCAGGAAUUGAGCCUCAGAGUAAUUAUAUCCCAGAAACGCCACCUCCUGGAUAUAUCAGUGAAGAUGGAGAAACAAGUGAUCAACAACUAAACCAAAGUAUGGAUACAGGAUCUCCAGCAGAACUAUCUCCUACUACUCUUUCCCCUGUUAAUCAUAGUUUGGAUUUGCAGCCAGUUACUUACUCAGAACCUGCAUUUUGGUGUUCAAUAGCGUAUUAUGAACUAAACCAGAGGGUGGGAGAGACCUUCCAUGCAUCACAGCCCUCACUCACUGUGGAUGGCUUCACAGAUCCAUCAAAUUCAGAGAGGUUCUGCUUAGGUUUACUCUCCAAUGUCAACCGAAAUGCUACUGUAGAAAUGACAAGAAGACAUAUAGGAAGAGGAGUGCGCUUGUAUUACAUAGGUGGGGAAGUUUUUGCUGAGUGCCUAAGUGAUAGUGCAAUCUUUGUGCAGAGCCCCAAUUGUAAUCAGAGAUACGGCUGGCACCCUGCAACAGUGUGUAAAAUUCCACCAGGCUGUAAUCUGAAGAUCUUCAACAAUCAGGAAUUUGCAGCUCUUCUGGCUCAGUCUGUUAAUCAGGGUUUUGAAGCCGUGUAUCAGCUGACUAGAAUGUGCACCAUAAGAAUGAGUUUUGUGAAGGGUUGGGGAGCAGAAUACCGAAGGCAGACAGUAACGAGCACUCCUUGCUGGAUUGAACUUCAUCUGAACGGACCUCUACAGUGGUUGGACAAAGUAUUGACUCAGAUGGGAUCUCCUUCAGUGCGUUGCUCAAGCAUGUCAUAAGGCUUUGUCACCAAUCAAGUCCCAUCAAAAGACUUAAUGUAACAACUCUUCUGUCAUAGUAUUUGUGUGUGGUCCCCAUGGACUGUUUACUAUUCAAAAAUGCAAGAGAGAAAACAGCACUUGAGGUCUCAUCAAUUAAAAGCACCUUGUGGAAUUGGUUUCCUAUAUUCGAAUAUUAGAUGGGAAAAUUAGUAUCUAGAGAAGAUUUUAAAGACUUACUGAUGUCUUGUUGGGCAUAAAACUGAGUGUCCCAAAGGUUUAUUAAUAACAGUAGUAGCUAUGUGUACAGGUAAUGUAUCAUGAUCCAGUAUCACAGUAUUGUGCUGUUUAUAUACAUCUUUAGUUUGCAUAAAUUAGGUGUGUGUGUGCUGCUUCUUGAUUUAGGCAAGCCUUUAUAAAGUUACAGUACCUAAUCUGUUAUUCCCACUUCUCCGUUAUUUUUGUGUCUUUUUAAAUAUAUAAUAUAUAUCAAAAUUUCCAGAUUAUCAUUUAGAAGCAGAUUUUCCUUGUAGAAAAACUAAUUUUUCUGCCUUUUGCCAAAAAUAAACUCUUGGGGGAAGAAAGUGGAUUAACUUUAGAAAUCUUUGACCUUAUGUGUUCAGUGGGUCUUAAACAUUCAUUCUUUUUGUGUUUAUUUACUUCUAAAUCAUAUUAUAAAGAAAUGUAGCCGAAAAUCUUCCCAAAUCUCUUCUCCAUUCCUACUUUUGCCCUGAGAACCAAAACAGCGCAGGAUGACCUCCAUUGCCAGUACUGGUUGCACUGAUACUGCCAGGACUAGUUAGUGCUGGGGUACAGUAAGAAUCAUAGGGAGUAAGUUCCUUAGUCUUACACCAAAUUUCAACAGGUAAUAAUUGACUUGUGUAACCUAGCAGUCUCUUGACUUACUUCCAGACCUCAUAAAAACACAGGUGGCAGUAUAAUUUUUUUCAGGAAUAUGCUACAAUUAUUUCAGUAUAUUUAUCCUUUUCUUUUUACAGCCAAUCUAUAGAUAGAAAUACUCUUUUUAAAAGGUGUUUAAUUUGGUAGCAGACCUAAUACACUUUAAUUUGAGGUUCAUUUGAUUCAGCUACCAGAUUGUAUUGUGAAAUGGACCUUUUGUAAGUGUAAUUGCUUUUGCAAAAUACCUAGAAGAGUGAUGCUGAGGUACUAUCAGCAGAUAAGGGCCAUCUGUUUUUAAAGUAUGUUUUAUUAAAUUUAUGAGAUCUGUUAUUUUACAUAGUUAUGAAUUUAGAAUUUUAAAAAUUGGGGGAGAAGCAGUUUAGCAAGGUUUUUAGCUUAAAAUUACUGACAAUCUGAGCUAUUCUUAACUAAUCCUGAAUAUGUGGUUGAAUAUUAUAACCAACCGUAUUUUAUUCUCCCCAGUGAGAGUUUCCAGAAGCUCUGUUGAUAGUCCAUUAUGCAGCAAAUAAUCUUUUUGUCUAUGUUAACUCAUUGCAGUUUAAGCAUUUGUUUGCAUCUUUAUGGAAACGGAAAAUAACCACUCCUGACCUCCUUCAAGUAAAUUUUCAUAUUUUUGAAGAUAGAUAUCUUUGGUACUUGUUCUUUAAAACCGUAUUCCCCCAUCUCCACAGGUAUUAAUUUCAGUAUUCUUCAUAUUUGGUUGUUCUCUAUUAGAUAUUCCCCAUUUUCCUGUGUAUGUGUGCACAUGUAAACUUGGUAUAGUAAUUUUUUAUUCGUUCAACAAAUAUUUAUUGUUAUCCUGUUACAUGUGUCAGGAACUUCCUUAGUCUUUGGGUAAAGAUGAACAACACAGGGGGUAUGGUCCCUGCCUUUGGGGAGACAACAGUUACUAUAACCCUUACUUAACUUAUUUGUCUAUGAAGGAGAGAAACAGAGUACUGUGAUAGGGCAUAGCAGAGGGAAGGAUUCUCCAAGGAAAUGAUGUUUGAGCUAACUAACAUCCCAUGAGAAAGUCCAUGUGGAAAGCCAGGGAAGAUGAGCAUUCCUGGCAGAGAGAAGGGCAUAAAAUUCAAAGGCUCAUUAUUAAGUAUAAAUGCUUUAUACAGGAAUCUCUGUACAGAUCCAAACUUGCAGAUCAAAAUGGUUCUACAGUUGCUUAUAGUUGAGGGUGACCUUGUUUUGUUAUUGACUGCUUUAUAUGUCAUUCUCAUUAAUACUUCUUCAAGCCCUUGCUAUAAAACAUUGUCAUUUGCACCAGGUUGAUACCAUUUGAUUUAAUAACCCUUUCUUAAAUCUGCCUUGGCCAAAUCUUCAUUUGGCCAUUGGUGAAAUUUUCAUUUCACCAUUGUAGUGACUGGCUGCUUGCUUCCAGGUGUGCUGCUGCCCACUAAUUACUACUUCUACUGUCCAUACCAGUUGUUACCAUUGUCAGGCCUGCUGGAGAAAAGCAGUGGAGCUUCUGGCUGCUAGAAGUGUUUACCUAGAAGAAAACUUGCAGUGGUAUUAGAACAGCUCUGGGGGUGGAGAAGAACUUUGAAAAUGGUAGAAGGCCCUGCAGUUAACUCUUGCAUUGGUAUGUCAAGUGAAGCAGUGCCAACUAUGGCAUUUCAGUAGUGAAUCACAUCUCUCCAGUUACCGUGAGAUUGUUCUGUGCAGCAUGACACUUCGGACUCAAUUCCUUGGAAACAUCUAUGGAGCAGUUAUACCUGUCCAGCAGUUGACUUCAUGGUGGUGCUUACAUCUGUGUAUAUUUAAUGAUCUCAUAUAUUUUUUAAUGAGAUGUUCUUGCAUUCUAUUUUGUCUACUGUGGCUUAAUUUUUGUUGAUUUUUUAAAAAUAGAGGCUGUUUUCGUUCUGUUAAAUGAUCUCCCUGUGGAGUUUUGUGUUUAUUUAAAUUAGCAACAUUAUUUAGAAUUUCUCCUCUACAGUCUGGUCAUUUCCUCAGUGUGACAACAGGAGAACUGAGUGGUCAUGCUUUCUCUCAUAUUUCUAAGAUGAAUGGUGGUUCUCACAGUGGAUUCCAUAGACACCCUUUAGGGCUGGCUUAGGGAACUGGAGGCUGGUGACAUUCCCACUGACUUUGGUCUAACCAGUGGCAGCUUCAUUUUUAUUCUGUAUUGAAGUUCUACAUAGAUUUUAUUUUUUUUAAAGAAGAGUUUUAUUGUUUAAAAAAAGUUUGGGAAGUCUUUAUAGCCACUUGUUAAGAUUGGAAAACAUAACCAGAAUUUGGCCCACCUUUUGGAAUAACUCUGCCAGUGUCUUUUCAUUCUGCUUUAAGAAACCUUCCUGAUGAGGUUUGAACUACACCAGUUAUACUAAUUCUACAUUAUGAUAUACAUUCAGUCAAUAAAUACUUAUUGAAGCCUGUUCUGUACCCAGCCACUGCGACAGAUGAUGACUGGAGUUUAAUCCUGACCCUCCAGCUGUGCUUAGUCUUAGGAGGAUUACACGCUCUCUCAGGACCUGUCACUUUGCCCAAAGUAAAUCUGCCUGAUUAUUCUUGAAAGCUAAAUAGUCUUAUUCUGUAUUCCAAGCAUAUAUUUGCAAAAUGUUUCAUACUGAGUUUUUUUAAAAAUCUUAAACCAUACCCAGUUUUGCCUAGUUCAUCUGUUUUAAACAUUGUUGGAUUUUCUCUUUCGUUAAAAUUAUUUUAAUUUUACUUUAUUUGUGCUUUUUAGGUCAGUUUCAGUCAAGACUAAGACUUUGAAGGUAAAGAAUGAUCCAUCUAGUCUCGCUAGCAGAAAUCAAAUAAAAGAGUAUAUGUAUCCAGUUGGUUUCUCUACCUCUUCCCAGAACUGUCCAAAUAUACCUUUAAGACGUUUCUGUCUUUUUUAAAUAACUACAUACCUUGAGCAUUUAUUCAGUAAGCAGAAUCCUCCUGGUCUGGUUGAUUGUCGGAUAUAAAGUGACUAAAGAUAAUCUUCACUGUACUUAAAUUUGUCUUAUGUACAGUCUUGCUUUCAUAGCUGAACAUUCCAAUUUCGGUUUGCCCCCCACAGCCGCACGCUACCCUUCCAGUAUCUCUUUAGAUAACUAAGUAGUCUGUGGACAUAAGCAACACACUAUCUUUUCUCUUACUCUGGUCUAAAACAUUGAUGAUUAGACAUGACAGAUUCUUGGCUAUUGUCUUUCCUUCUUGAGCUUUACUUUACUGAAUCCUUUAUAGUCAUCAGCUGAACUUUAUUCUUUCUCCCCUUCUCUAACAACAUGUAUCCCUCAUGGUUUUGCUGGUUACCCUCUUGCCAGCCGUGUUUUAUCUGCAUACACGAGAAUGUCUCCUUUAAAUUUCACUGAAAACCAAAAGAGAUGGUGCUGUUCAUAUGCAGGGUCUUAAUUUCUUCACCAUGGAGGUUAAUGUUGUUCAAAUUGGUCAACACUUAAAUCUUACAAACGGCUCAUAAAUUUUCUCUAGUUCAAUGUCUGUGUGGCUAGCAAAUAGCUUAAAUCAUUAGAUCUAUUUUAAAGUAUGUUUAGGAUCAUAAACUUUUCUGACAGUUGCAGCCAGUUACUUCCCUAUAGCACUAGCCCUCUUUCCACCUUGGAGCAUAUUGAAUUGUAUUUAGUACAAUCAAGAGUAAUGAUGAUAGCGUGUGAUCUCUAGAGGUAGUCAGAAUCCUACUGAGAUCCUUUUAUAUCUUUUCAAGUUUUUAUGAAUAUUUUGUUCAGACUACCUUUCUGGGGGGGGGGGGGUUGAGGGACAGAUUAGCUCUUGGAGUGUAAUUCCUGUGUUUGGAGCCUCAACCAGAAAAUGUCAACUAGAUAUGACUGCCUCAUGAUGGCCUUUAUGAUAAGAACUUUUGUAAUGUGUUCACAUAAUUUCUUGAGUAGGAACUGUUUUAUCUUGGAUAUUAUAGCUAACUUUAUAGCAUAACUGCCUUAAAUCUUUUUAGUAGGAAAUAAAUAUAUAAUGUGUGUGUAUGGAUUUAUAUAAAUAUACACUCAUAGAAAAACCUUAACAGUGGGCGUCAUUUAUCUGCAUACAUUUUAACAAUGGUGAAUGAGUCUGUUGUUUAAAUCUCAGAUCUCAGUAAAAUGUCCUUAAUUUGCUUGCAGACAUUUUCCUUUCAUGAUAGACCAUCAGAAUAAUUUUUUUACUCUGCUGGAGUCCUAAUUUGGCACUUCAGUAAGUAUGCUGUUUUAGGCAGUUUGACAGUUAAGAAUCGUAACUGGAAUUUAUUAACAUCAUUAAUAAAGCUCUGCCAUGUAUCCCUUCAUUAAAUUGUAAUACAUCCAGUGGUCUCUGAAAGGUACUAGGUUAGGGUUAACUUUAAAAAAUAUAUAAUGUUAGAUUGCAUCACACCCCCGCCAAAUCCUUUCCCCCUGGCUUAAGAUUGUUGCUUAAGGUACCCUGGGAAGUACUACUACCAAGUCCAGUUCUCCUGCAUUUAAGCGUAGCCUAAGGCUGGUUCAGACCUGACACUCCUAGCUGUGCUCAGUAGAAAUGGAUUUUCCAGGCUCUCUGGGCCAUCUCGGACUCAGAGGAUCUGACCAGAGUACAUCAGCUCAAGUAAACCGCAGUGUCAGUUGGUGGGCAGCCAUCAUGGCCCAAACUGUUCCCCAGCAGUUGAGCUGUAAGGAGGGCCCCUUGGAAGAAUAUCACUGCUGCUGUUGGGAGUGAGAAGGACUUCAUUAACUCCACACAAAGGACUUUUUUCUCCCCCCAAAUUUCCCCCAAGUGAUGAUCUCCUACCCUCCCCAAAAAAGCUCUUAGUUUCUCAAAAUUUCUAGUUUGCUCUUUUUGGGGGGGGUGGGUGGGAGGACACUUCUUAUUUACUACUUCUUUCUAACUAAAGAUGAUAAUUUUUUUGAGCCAUGAAGUCCAUAAUAUAUUGAUUUGGGGACAAAAGUGAAGUUGUAGAAUUAUAAAAAUAUGUAACUUCUGUAUUUUCCAUUUCACGCUUUACUGUUUCUGUGGCUUUAAAUCUUUUGGCUAUUUUACAAUGUUAGUCACUAGAUAACUUGCCAUAUUUCUGGUUCUAUAUUAAGUUCUACCCUUUACAAUGAUGCUGUAGCAUAAAGUUGGUUCUCAGCAUUUGGCUGUAGGAAUAGAAGUCUCACUAAAGUCUCUUUUCUUCCAAAGAGAUUUUCCUUUUCUCAGGCCCUAAGAAGAUAUUGUCACUCACAUUAUUUAUAUCCUUGGAUUGUUCAAACAAAAAAAAA